CUGAGAAAAAGCCACUGCUGUCGGUUCUCCGCCGCCGUUUGUGCCUCCGGCGUCCCAGCUUCUUCCUCCUAGCGUCACCGUUAGUGCCUCACAUAAGGUUUAGGGUUUACCAUUACCAACCACGAUACGAAGCACCAGGGAAAUCAUCCAAACAAAACUCUAACACUAUGAAGACACCACAACCUGCUCGUCCUACUUCUAACUUGAAUAGGAAAAGGAAAGAAGGUAAAAGUGAGAAAAAAAUGGAAGAUGACAAAAGGGUGAAAAAAGGGAAAAAUGUUGAUGUCCCUAAGUCUCGUAGCAUGCUGAAGGAUGACCAUGAUGUUGAAGGGUUUGACAACGGUUCAGCUAGAAGCAAAGUAGUGGAAAGUAUGGGGCAAGAUCCAGAUGACAAUGAUACUGGACUGACAGAAGGUUCUGAAACUGAAGGUGAUGUUGAGUUUUCUCGUUCAGAUGAAGAGGAUAUUGGAAUUAAUGAUCAACCAACUUCUGAGGAUUCAGUGCAUUUGAGCUCUUUUAAUUUACAUUUGGAACAUAAUUUAUCACAAGAAGAAAUUAGCGACCAAAGGAACAGGAAAUUUAUCUGGGAGAUACCAGCUAUUGGUAUAUCAAAUUGCAAAUGGACAGGAACUGGAGAGAAUAUUUUGGAGGAUUUGCAUAUCAAUUCUUGUGAUAGUCUGAAGGAAAAGUUGUACAAGCACUGGAUGGAUGUCUACAAGACAUCUGGAGGAAAGGAUAUGUAUUCACCUAAACAAAAGAUAUUUGUCUCCCUUUGCAGCAGCUACCGGGAUAUACUUUACUGUAACAAGAGACCAUUCUAUCUCAAAGGCCUUGAAGACAUAAGCAUCAUGGAUGCAUACAUAAUGCAUUCUCUCAAUCACAUCUUCAGAACUAGAGACUGCGUGAAAAAGAAUGAUGCCAAAUUGACCAGGCUUGGAGAGAGUGCUGAUAUUGAUAGAUUUCGAGAUCAGGGUUUUACUCGUCCUAAGUCCUCAAAACGAAUGGAAUAACCAACCUCGUGUCCUAGUUUAACAGCCAUUUCUUGAGAAACUCGAGCAGCAACGCUCAUAGCAGCAACACGUCGUGGCUGAGUACAUGCAAUCAUCCCACGUUUUGUGUAGCCAGCUUCAUGAAGAUAUUGGGGAAUCUGUGUAGUUUUUCCAGAACCAGUUUCGCCCACAAUUACA